UACUAUUAGAAUGUGGGUUACAGGUCUGUAUGUUCCUUUUGAAAUACUAAAACUAAUGCAAAAGAUAGUAAUUACGUAAAGAUAAGCCAAAAAACAUACCUGUAAAUAUUCAAUUUUAGAUAAAAGAAUUGGAAACUCAGAUACUAACGUUUGUCCUUGAUAAGCAUGGGGAUUUGAUAAUGGAGAAGAUAGAAAAUAUAAAACAGAGAGUGAACUAAAAGAUCAAAAAGUAUAUAGGAGAAGAAAACCGUUUGAAAUCAUGGUGAUUUUGAACGUGGAUUCUGAGAAAAAAUAGGAUAGAGUUGCUGGAAAUUAGGGAUGAGAAUUUGUUUUAGAUAGAUUUUUUUAAUAAAAUAUAUUCCACAUGUGACUUGUGCUUUAGUAUAUAAGAGAUGUAUUUCCUCUAUAAAGACAAAGAUAUCUACGGUGCAAUGCGUAUUCUGAAUCACCUAAAUAAUACUUACCAUCAGAUGGAUGAGGAAAAUUAGUAUCAUCUAAGCGAAAUAAUUUUGGCAUUGAGCAAAUCCUAAAACCUUAAGCGUUCACGUUUUUUUAGAAAAAAAUAAUAAAAAGAAAUGGUUUAAAAGCAUUAAAAAGUGGCUGUUGAAAAUAAAGAACUAAAAACCAGUUUUUUUUUUGUUUAAAAGUGGCUUUUAAAGCUUUACAUAUUUCUAAAGUCUAAAAAAAAUUUAUUGGCAAUUUUUCGGCUUCCAGGACUUUACACAACCACAAAGCCUCAAUUUACCCGAACAUCAACCGGGCCCCAAAAUUAUUUUACAAUCAAUGUGAGGUUAAGGAUAACCGUGAAAUCUGAUAAGAACCAUUUGGGCCUCGGUUUAUUGUCCAUUGGGCUGUUAGUUAUUAUCUUCUUUUGGUUUAUACUUUAUAUGUAUGUAAUCACGCAAACUUUAUGGAAAAAAUCAACAAAUCAAAUAUCAAAAUCCCUAAAUUCUCAUUUCUUCUUCUUCCUUCUACCCUGCUCUUCGUCAAUUCUCCCUCCCCCCCCCGAUGAGCUUACUUCAAGCUUAUCAAAAUCCUUACCGGUUUAUAAUUCAAAGGAAUUGACCAAUUGUGUGAGUGCGUUUGCAUAGAUUCUAAUUUCAAAAUCACAAAUUGAAUUGGUGGUUAUAUAGUCUCGACGACGGAGAAAAUUGAGACGAUGGAUGACACUGAGCUACUCACGAGCAUCGAUCAGAAGAUGGAAGAUCCUGCCCCACCCUCUGCGGAUGAUUCCGAGGCUGCCCCAUUCCUAGGUUCGGAGCUCUCCGCCAAUCCUCACAACUGCGAUGCUUAUGUCCAAACUUCUGGAGAUCCUACCCGUGGAGGAGCGUGUGUAGAAGAAGUCUCUUUGGGUAAGCCGCCGCAGAUGAGUAAAGAAGAUAAUAGUGCAACUGUACCAAACAAAAUAAGCAUUGAAUCAGAGUCUGGAAAGGCAGCUACUUCAAAUAAACAAGAGACAGAAGACGCACAACCAGUGAUGCAGCCAGACGAGUGUACAGCUUUUCUUUCUAAUCUCAGUGCCAAGGCACAAGUUGCAAGCUCUAUUAGCAUUCUUAAUUCAGAACGCGAUAGUGUCGAAGGUCCAUCAAUUGCUCCGGUUAGUGCUGAGAUAUCUAAGGAAAAGCAGCUAGGAAGCCCUGGAAAUUUUCUUGAAAAGAUUGGUGGAGCUGGAGCAGUGUCAUCUAGUUCUGUAGCUGUGUCUUCUGAUUCUGUUAUUGUCAGCAUGGAGUUGGAGAAAAAUAGUAUUUUGCAGAGUAGUCUUGAUUCAAAUGAGGUCAGCAGGAAUGCGUCUGAGACCGUAUGCGCGUCGCACGAUGUUAGUAUUGCCCAUAAUAGGGAAAAUGUGCCUUCAUUGGCUCAGGUGACGGACAAUCAGGAUUCUGACAGUUCGUCUAGAUUAUCAGGUGGUCAUGGUAGAAAUGAUAAAGUUGAGAGUGAAGACAAAAGAGAAGGUAAGGGACAUUUAGACACAGAGAAGAGAGUGAAACGAAGAAAAAAACGCAGGUCUUCUAGAUCAAUGACCAUAUCCCAGCGCCUUGGAGCAAUCGACAAAACAACGGCUGAUAUUGACCUUGGUAUCUUGGAUGCCUUGGAGAUCGCUACCAAAGUCGCACAGGAAGUGGCAAGAGACGUAGACUCUGGGGAAGCUUCUCACAGUUCUUCAGAAGAACUAUCUGAUGAAAGCGGGCAGUCUGAUUCGCAACACUCCCACAGUGGUGAUCUACACACAGGUUCUCCAUCUAAAAGAUUAUCAGUGGGUGAAAGUCUUUCCCUUGAGGAACCACAUGUUGGAGAUCACCUGGAAGAGAAGAAUAAUAAACGUGAGAAUGGGAUGGUGAACGCUGAUGAUGUUAAAGAGAAGCACCUGGCAGAACCUGCUAAAUCCGAGGUAGGGAGAGAGAAAAGCCCAUGUGGCUUUGACCUCAAUGAAGAUAUUUGUCCUGAUGAGACCGAUGACAUUAUGUCUGUUUCAUAUUCUGGUAUGCCUGCAGCGGCACCGUUGCAAUUGGAAAGAUCUCUUAGUGCGAAAGGUUUGGCUGCUUGUAGUGUAUCUCACUCGGAAUCACCUCACAAAGUUCCUAGCGGGGAUUCAAGAGAAAAGCAGGUGAUAUGUGUCGAUCUGAAUGUAGCGGAUGUAGGAGAUGAUCAAGUUGAAGAUCAGACUCCCUGGAAACAGUUUCCUUUCUCCUCAUCAAACUCUAGGGGUGGAGAGUCCUCACAUGAAGCUAAUUUCCGAGGAUCAAGCAGGUUCAACCUGGAUUUGAAUUGUACAAACGAAGAGGAUGACAUUCCUCCACCUUCUGAGUUGAAGAUGGAAACGAGAUUGUUUCUAAGUCACAAUGGGCAGCAAAGCGCGUCACCUUCAGUUUCUCAGCAAUCAGGGAAGGAAGUAAACUUCGACUUGAAUGACAGGCCACAGUUUUUCAUCGAUUCACGUGAUCAGGGUCCCUAUUAUGGGCAGCACCCGUGGAGCACAGCCUCCUAUGGAGGGCACAAAGUGGAUGAACCGGUUAUCUCUCUAUUAGGUACAAAAGUGGACGUUGACAGAAAAGAGACUGUUUCCCAGAUGGCUUCGUUCCUGUCCAAUGGUAAGUCCCUCGAGACAGCAACAGGAUUAUACAUGGGAAAAACAGGAAACUCUUUGGGUUUAGCACCUGGUGUGUCCUUUUCUCCAGCUCCUAUGUAUGGGUACAACGGAUUUACUGGUCCUCCUGGAAUGUCAAUGUCAUCAUCGCCUAUAUAUGUUCCUGGAACAGCUAUCCCAUACAUGGUGGACCCAAGGGGUAUGGUGGACGCAAGGGGUACGCCAGUGAUGAUGCCUCAAAUGAUGGGAUCGGCUCCAUAUGCACAGCCACCAUUUCCUCAACAGCACAUGUUCAUGAGCUUGGCGGGUGGAUCUCCUAGUCUGAAUGGAUCAGUGCAGCCACGCUUUGAUCAAAGUUAUGGGUUUGGGGUUGAGAUGGGAAACCGAGAGUCGCUAAGUUUGAGACAGUUUCUAUCACCUGGACAAGGCGAAGCUAUGGGAGAUCAUUCAGGAGCAAAUGUAGAGCCUUCAUCGAGUUUAUCUAUUAGCAUUGGUGGAAAGCGAAAAGAGCCGGAGACACGUUGGGAGUUCCCUCCUCCAUGGAGAUGAGUGUUCACAGAUAGUGGAGAUUGGAUUCUUAAUAGGUGGAUGGAUUGGUUGAUUGGUUAGAGAAUAACAGAAGUGUUGGGAGGUAACUUAUAAUGUCUUGAUGAACUUUCUUCUUUUUUUUUUUCCAUCAGUUUUCUCCUUUUUUCAUGUUUUUAUUUCGUAACAUAUAUAGGAGGAUUAAUUCAAACAUUGAUACAUGUCAAGCUUCUUCUUAACCUUGUUUUGUAUUUUCUCUAUAAAAUAAAAUUAUAGUUUUGCGUUUCAAAAGUUAAAGAAAAAAUGUUGAUUUUGUUAAAAAUUAUGAUUAUCCAUUGUCCACCUAAUGGACACUUGUCUUGGAAAUGAGACUAACUUUAGAUAAUGAUUAUCCAUUAAGCAAAAUAUCUUGUUUUGUCUUUUUGUAUUAAGUCGGUCAACCUAACCGACUUCUUCCCUUAUAUAUAUUGCUCUCAUGUUCAUUUGUAAAAGUAAAGUCAAUAAGAAGAGAAUUAAUAUGACCAUCUUUU